CUUCAAACAAAAAAUAAGAGGCGAAAGUGAACAAAGGCACGCACGACCAGAAAACGGAGAAACUCAUAAAAGAGCGAAACUGUCCGGCGAUUCGCGCAACCUCACCUGUGUCUUGCGCCGACCACUCUACUGCCGCCGGACCACCGCUAUCAUCGACGGCAUCCCCAUAACAGAAAAUUGACAAAAUAUGGGGAAUGUCUUUGUGAAAAAACCGAAGAUCACGGAAGUUGACAGAGCCAUUCUCUCCCUCAAAACUCAAAGGCGUAAGCUUGCUCAAUACCAGCAGCAGCUAGAGGCAGUCAUAGAAGCCGAGAAACAAGCUGCAAAAGAUUUAGUACGUGAAAAGAAGAAAGAUAGGGCAUUGUUAGCAUUGAAAAAGAAGAAAGUUCAAGAAGACCUCUUGAAGCAAGUUGAUGGUUGGCUCAUCAAUGUUGAGCAGCAAUUGGCAGAUGUUGAACUGGCGAGCAAGCAAAAGGCAGUGUUUGAAAGUUUGAAAGCUGGAAAUAAUGCAGUCAAAGCAAUACAGAGUGAGAUAAAUUUGGAUGAUGUUCAAAAAUUGAUGGAUGAUACUGCUGAGGCAAAAGCUUAUCAGGAUGAAAUUAAUGCCAUUUUGGGAGAACAGCUCUCAGCUGAAGAUGAGGAGGAAGUCUUAGCAGAAUUCGAGAAUCUAGAGGCACAGAUAAGCCUUCAGGAUCUUCCCAAAGUUCCGGAUGCAGCACUACCUAUUGAAGAAGCAGAUGAGAAGUUGGAUCUUCCUGAUGUACCAACUAAAGCACCGGAGGCUCUCGCAGAUUCUUCGUCCAAAAUUUCUGCAAAUAGAAAAGUUAUGGAGGAGCCAUUGCCGGCUUGAUGUAGAUGAUGUGCUCGAGUACAUGACAAUUCGAGUUAUGAAAUAUUUUGUGGGAGACCUUUGCUGGCGGCAUUGCUUGCUGUACUUUUUAUGUUUCAAUAUUGUUUUAAAUUUGCAAUAGAUGGUUGAUGUGGUUCUUCAUUGUAUCCAAGUUUUUGAGAUGAUCGAUAUGAUAUCUCGAUGUGUAUUAAAAAAUUUCUGUUUCAACUGAUGCCAUUCUGUAAAUCCAAUGAAAUAUUUUUGUUGCCUUUUUAACUUGUACAGGAAACAAAUCCCAAUUGGGGACAGUUACAAAGCUACCCUUAAAGUUUAAGUCUAG